AUGAAUAUAUUAAGUAAUACCGUCCGUGUUCAUCUCCCAAAUACACUAAGAGAUGUGCCGAUCCCCGAUUCCCUAAGCGGAUUCUUCUCCUUAUCGCCUGCUCUGGGUUAUUCCGUCUUCUUUACCGUUCGAAGUUUCUUAUCCUCUGGUCAUUUGAAUACUAUGGUUAAAAAGAACCAAGAAAAGGUGGUUGAUUUCGUCGAUAUAGAGUCGAUUCACGAGAAAAAAUUCCCGCUAUGCGAUGGUGCGCAUAAUAAGCAUAAUCAGGAAACUGGUGAUAAUGUCGGUCCGCUUAUCAUCGAAGUAAAGAAAAACAAGUAG